AUGUUAAGAUUUGCAACUCAAGCUAAGCAACUUAGCGCCAUUCCUUGUGCUGCGGCAGCAGUUUCGAGGUCUUUGCCAAUUCUUAUGGCUAAGAGAAAUAUGGCCACUCAGGUUAAGAAGGAUAACGACGUUGUUCACAUUGAUCUUCCUGCAGACUCUUUUGAGGGAUACAUGAUGGAUCCUCCUGCUUUGAGUUACGACACUGAAAAGAGCCGUCUCGUUAAGAUGUACAAGGAUAUGAACACCAUUAGAAGAAUGGAGAUGUCUGCUGAUGGUUUGUAUAAGGCUAAGAAGAUUAGAGGUUUCUGUCACAUGUCCACAGGUCAGGAGGCUAUUGCUGUUGGUAUUGAGAAUGCUAUCACUAAAAAGGAUGAUAUCAUUACUUCCUACAGAUGUCAUGGUUUCACUUAUAUGAGAGGUGCCUCUGUUAAGGAAGUUAUGGGUGAAUUGAUGGGUAAGAGAUGCGGUGUUUCUUACGGUAAGGGUGGUUCUAUGCAUAUGUAUGGUGACCAUUUCUACGGUGGUAAUGGUAUUGUUGGAGCCCAGGUUCCUUUGGGUACCGGUUUGGGUUUCGCUCAUCAUUACAGAGGCGACAAGGACUGUUCUUUCACCUUGUACGGUGAUGGUGCUGCCAACCAGGGUCAAGUGUUUGAAUCUUUCAACAUGGCCAAGCUAUGGAACUUGCCUGUUAUCUUCUGCUGUGAAAACAACAAGUACGGUAUGGGUACCUCCACCAACAGAUCUUCUGCUAUGACUGAUUAUUACAAGAGAGGUCAGUACAUUCCAGGUUUCAAGGUCAAUGGAAUGAACAUCUUGGCCACUUAUCAGGCUGCCAUGUUCGCCAAGGAUUGGGCUGCCAGUGGUAAAGGUCCUCUUGUCAUCGAAUUCGAGACCUAUAGAUACGCUGGUCACUCCAUGUCUGACCCAGGUACGUCUUACAGAACUAGAGAAGAAGUCCAGCAGGUGAGAUCCAAGAGAGAUCCAAUUGCUCACUUGAAGGACCACAUGAUUGACUGGAAUAUUGCCACCGAGAAAGAAAUCAAGGGCUACGACAAAGAAGCUAGAAGAUACGUCGACUCCCAAGUUAAGGAGGCCGAAGAUUCUCCAUUCCCAGAGGCUAAGAUGGACAUCUUGUUCGAGGAUGUUUACGUUCCAGGUAGUGAAGUUCCUGUCUUGAGAGGUAGGAUUAAGGAUGAUUCAUGGUCUUUCUCUAAGAAGGGUUUCGCCUUCAAAUAA